AUGUGUGGGGGCAUUGAACAGCAGCUAAAGGAGCUCCAGGCCAAAAUGGGAGAAUCCCGGGAGCGUCCGCCGAGCCCUUCAGAGUGCCUGCAGUGGUUCAACCUCAGAGCCAACAGUUUCAGGCCUGUUCCCACAGGGCAUCAAGACCUCAUGGACUUCUUCAGAGCUUUGAUACAGUACCUGAGGUCUGAAGAGGAGGGGAAAGAGGAAGUGACUCUUCAGCUGCUGCUGAAUCUGUCUUCCCAGUGUGGUGUCUGCUUUCCAUGUACCCCUUCUUCUUCCUCCUCAUCCUCCUCUCUGCCGGCCGCCUCCAGCCACUUGGUUCAUACAGUCAGAGAUGACACUUCAUUGGAGAUCCAGGAAGCCUGGGAUGACGUGCGGCUCCAGCUGCGCCGCCACCUGCUGGAAAGGCUGUCUGCACGCAGCCCAGAUCACCAAGGACCAAGAAAUAUGUCCGUCCCUGAGCGGCUCCACUGUCUGCAACAGCUGUUCUUUCUUUACCCUGAGUCUGAGGCCCUCACAUAUUACCAGAGCCUGAGAAGCCAAUCAGUGCUGGCUCUUCUGCACUCCACCAUGAGCUCUAGCCCAGGCGAUGAGGCCGGCUUUGACAGACUGGCUGAAGGUUUCCGCUCUGUGGUCCCAGCUCUGACCCAGGCCCUCACAGAGGAGAUCCAUGUCCUUUCAAGACUAGCAGAACCGCACACCAUCCUGGGUUUCCUUAAUGCGGCCUACCUCGGCACUGUGACCCGAGCACUGGUCUCGCUGAUGGAGAGAGAAUCUGAGACGGCCCUGAGGGACAACACCUCGCUCACUAGCAAGAUAAAGAAAUAUUCCGCCAGGUCGCGGGCAACUCAAGGCACUCAGAACUACGCCAUUUUAGGUAAAGGUUUGAGUUGCGUUGAUAAACAAGAUCAACAAGGGCAGAGCAGCAACAGCAACCCCUUCAUCCUUUUGUAUGUGCCGUGGAGUCUGCACCAGCCAGAGAGAGGGGUGUUCACCUUCCACACACAGCUGGAUUUAGAAGCCUACAUUAACCUCGCUGCUGAACUGGGACUGUGGGUGAUUUUACGUCCAGGGCCCUACAUUUCCUCUGAGCUGGAUCUAGGAGGGCUGCCAAGCUGGCUCCUCCGUGAUGGCAGCAUGAAACUCAGAACCACUUACCCAGGCUUCACUGAUGCUGUCAAUACUUACUUUGACAAACUCAUACCAAAAGUGGUUCCACUGCAGGCUCACGCACUGUCAUCCAACACACCGUUCCACCUCACUGUCCCUGACCGGCUUUAG